GCCUGGUCUAGCCGUCGUCGGUCGAUCGGUCACCUUGCGUGAACAUGGCUGCUCGAAGGAUUUCGAAGUCUGCUGUGGACUGGGCCGCCUUCGCCGAACGCGUGCCUCCCAACCAGAAGCAGUUCUACCAGGCCCUCAAGGCGAAGUCUGAUGUCUACCUUCGCAGGGUGCUCAGCAUGCCAGAGAACCCGCCUCCAAUCGACUUCGCCAUGUACCGGGCCAAAUUGGGGAACCCGGCCCUUGUUGAACAGUUCGAAAAGUCGUACAAGGCCUUCAGUGUGCCCUUCCCUAAGGAGCACGUGACACCCGAUAUUGAUGCUCAGGAACAGAGUGCGAAAAGAGAGGUGGAAAAUUUCAUCUCCGAAUCGAACGAUCGCAUUGCUGGCUACAAGAAAGAGUUGGCAAGGUUUGAGGCCAUGAUUCCAGCAUUACACAUGACCAUGGAGGACUUUGUGGAUUACUUCCCCGACCAGAAGAUCGACGUCGACAACCCGACGUACUGGCCCCACGACGGCAGCACCGACUUUGAUGACAGCUUGGACUAUGCAGACAAAGGCGAAGACCACUAGGAGGCAGUCCACUAUGCAUCUGGCACUAUGACAGCUGUGCGCUUCAUUUAGUGUGGCCUCGUCAGCUUGGCAACUUAUGAGCUGGGCAUGUCGAAAAGAUUGAAGUAAAAAGGUUCAUGUUA